AUGCCAUCAAUCAACGUGUUCAUCCGAUGGCGUCCUCUCUCGCCGUCCGAGGCCAACACCCCAGAAAUCACCCGAACUCAGCACGCGCAUCCCACCAACAACACCUCCGCGCUCUCACUCACCCCGCCGCCAUCGCACAAACUGUCUCGCCCCUGGAAAAGCGACUCGGCUUUUACCCGCAUCUUCGCCGCAAAUGACAACAACAAAGCCGUCUUCGCGGCCGUGGUAGCACCGACCCUCCCCCGGGUCCUGAACAGGCAAUCCUGCAACUUCUUCGCCUACGGACACUCAGGGAGCGGCAAGUCGCACACCAUCAUCGGGUAUGAUUUCGAGCAUCCCGACGAGUUCGGGCUGUGCCUGUCCGCCGCAAGAGCGCUCUACGAGCAUCUCGACCAGCUGAAUGCCGGCGCUAAUGAAAACGAGAAAUUCCUUCUUGGACUGCGCAUGUACGAGCUCAGGAAGAACACCGCCUUCGACCUCCUAAACGACAGAUGCAAAUGCCACAUUCGCGAAGGCCAGGACGGCAAAACGCACAUCCGCGGCGAGACGGAAACGCUCGCCGACGGAAAGGUCCGCGUGCGACCGAUCGUCACAAAGGCGUGCAGGACCUUUGACGAGUUCCACGCCCAGCUACUGGCGGGGAUCCAGCGCAGGGCGACGGGGACGUCGACGGUGCACGAUCAGAGUUCCCGGACGCAUGCUGUGUUCGAGGUCGAGAUUGUCACGCGGGAGCUCCUGGACGCGAGGGACGCGGUUGUGGAGCGGCAGUCGGAGCUUGUUCCUGUUGGGAAACGCGCGACGGAUAUUUAUCUGGAGGAGAAUUCCGAGGCGUUUAUCCAGACGCCGGAUGGCAAGUUUGCGCCGAAUCCGGAUUACCAGAUUAACCAGGCGGCGAUUGAUGAGGCCGAGGCGAAGAAGGCGGAAUUCGAGUCGUAUGUCCAGAAAGCGGAGGAACAUGUGGAGGCAGUCAACAGUUCAGAGUACUACCACGACAAGGGAACUGUUUCGGCAAUUCGAGCAAAGCAGACGCCCCAGGAGCAGCAGGAAGGGAGGCAGAUCAACACCGAUCUCCUUUCCUUGAAGGAAGUCAUUCGGGCGAUGGCCCAGAAGCAGAGUCGCAUUCCUUUUCGGUCGUCGCCGCUGACCAUGGUCCUGCGCGAGCAUUUCCUGACAGGUGAAGGAGAUGAUGGGUUUUCGGCAAUGAUUCUCACCGCGUCGCCUUCAUCGGAGCAGUACACCGCGACGAUUGACACGCUGAAAUAUGGAAAUCUGAUCGGCGUGGCCGGAGACAAGGUCAAGGGACGUAAAUAG